GCGUCGGGUUGGCAGUAUUUCACUAUUGCUUCUUCAUUCUCUUUUUCCCUUUCCCCCAUCAGUGUUUGUAUCUGGUGCCGGUCGGUCGUGUUGAAGUGUAGUAAAGUGCAAGUGACGAAGUGACGAGUGUGUACGAGCUUUCGAUGUCCUGAUUGACCGUACCGGCGACCGGGACAGACAGGAUUUCCCAUCCGACCCCAUCAGCAUCAGCCCAGCCCGCGGCGGCGGCACUGCCGCUGUCACCCUGCGAGGCCAGCAGGACAACAGGAGGCUCUCGGCGGCACAUCACAAAGCUGAGCCGAGGUCCACAAUCGGGUCGAGGCAACCCCUGCCGGCGACCCUGCUGGGGGUUGGGUGGGUACUCCAACAACCACCCCUACACCGGGCGCCGUACCCAGUCCAACUGACCGUCACACCCCACCUCACCCCGCGCACCGGACGUGGGGGAGAGGUAGAUGCCAGAGAGGGUAAGAACUAGAGGAUCACCUUGGCCAGCAACCCCGACGAAAAAGAGCGUGCGGUCCUAUUUACUAGAACCGAAGUAUAUCACUAAUCUCGUGGUCAAAGGCCAAGGAGGAUCUAAAGUUCGCUACACCAAGACACAAGCAACUGAUCUGCACAAGGCAGCCAGAGUACACUACUUCUCAACAGAACCCGCCAACAAAUUCGUCGACAUGAAGCUCGACAUUCGUAAGCGGGUGCAACACGCCGAAAGGGUGUUCAACCCCCAGAAGAAGAUCGAUAACAACGCACCCCGCCUGUUCGCACGCAUCCCUCGCACAGAACGAGCCGCUUUCCGCCUGGACGACCUCAUGCUGGAGAAUAAGCAGCUUCUGGAGAGGAUCUGCACAAUAUGGAGGACAAGGGGCAUCGUGGACACCUCGGCUCCCAACGUGGAGUGGAAGUCCAACUUCAGGGAGCGUGUGUGGGACAUGGUGCGCCGGGAGGCCGACAACGUCGCCCUGCUGUACUUCAUACAGACAGCGUCUCCGCUCGUGCCGACGCGCGACGAGUGCGCGCGCGAUUUCCAGAAAGCCGUGGACAAGAUGCGAUUCGUGUGCAAGUUCCCCCUCCUCUUCCUCAAGGACACCAACAUAGACUUACCCCUGCCCAUGCCAGACCCGCCACCUGUAGACCCGGAGGCGCCACCGCGUAAAAGGGUCUUCUUUGAGUUCAUCACGAGCCAGGAGCGCUUCCUGGGCCGCGUGGAGCUCGAGCUGUUCGAGGAGGAGGCGCCGCAGACGGUGGCCAACUUCCUGGCCCACAUCCGCGGAGAGGCGCCGCGGCCCGCGGAGGACGACGAGGACGACCACGGCGGCGAGGAGGAGCCGAGGACCUACUCGUACCGCGACACGCCGCUGCACCGCAUCCUCCCCGGCUACUACAUCCUGGGCGGGGACGUGGUGCACGGCAACGGGUCGGCGGGCAGCUCCAUCCACGGCGGCGCGCCCUUCCCGGACGAGAAGAACGACCUGACACACUGCGAGCCGGAUCAACUCGCUGGGCGCGAAGGCGAGCGGCAAGCCCGUCGUGCAGGUGUACUGCUGCAGCUGCGGAGACGCCGAGCGGCCCGAGCGAAGCAAGAAGAGGAGGAGGAAGAAGGCAGGCGGCGGCGGCGGCGGCGGCGGCGGCGGCGGGCGGGAGCACGGGGCUGACGCGCACCCGCAGCGGUCCGCGCGCCACCGACAGCACUUCAGGGGCGCGAGGAGCUUCAGCUCCACCAGGAUGAGCGUGUCAAGUGGCGGUGGUACUUUCUACAACCGGUCUCCUUACGCAUCACCUCGAACCUCACGGAUGCAGACGGCAGCGAAUUCCAAGCGAAAAGACAAAUAAGAAAAACGACGACGACAAGAUUCUAAAAUGUACUGUUCAAAUAAAGUCAUACCUGUGCUUCCA